AUGGCCUUGCAGAGUGCUCCACCCACCCUGGGGCUCCUCAGGACCCCCGCCCACGGCCUCCUGCUCCUGCUUCUCAGCCUUGGGUGGGUGCAACUUUCCUGGGCCCAGACUGCAGACUCAGGACAGGGUGUCAUGACCCCACGGCUGCAACGCACCUCCCAGGACCUGUCCUGGCAGCAGUCUGAACCGACCGUCAUUCUCCCGAGGGCUCUGCAGGGCACAGAGAAGAAGGCCUGUCCCCCGGGGAAAGAGGUCCAUGUGGUGGAUGAAAACCUCGUCUUCUACACGGAGCAGGAGCUGGAGGCCUGCGUGGACGGGGCCCUGCUGGCUGAGCAUAUGGACCGGGUGAAUGCGAUUCCCUUCACCUACCAGCAGCUUGACAUUUUGAAGCACAAAUUGGACCAGGUCUACCCACAGGGGUACCCCGAGUCCCUGAUCCAGCACCUGAGUUACUUCUUCCUUGAGGUCACCCCCGAGGACAUCCACAAGUGGAAUGUAACAUCCCUGGAGACUGUGAAAUCUCUGCUUAAAAUCAGCUCGGGGCGAAAAAUGGAUGCGCAGGUGGCUGCCCUGAUUGCCCGCUAUGUGGCGGGAGGGGGCCAGCUGGACAAGGUCACCCUGGACUUGCUGGCCAGCUUUCACCCUGCCUACCUCUGCUCCCUCAGUCCCGAGCAGCUGGCCUACGUGCAACAAGAUGUGGUUUGGGUGGUCAGGCCUCAGGACCUGGAUGCGUGCCGUCCACUGCAGAUGGAUGUUCUCUAUCACAAGGCCCGCGUCGCUUUCCAGAACAUGAGCGGUUCUGCGUAUUUUGCAAGGAUCAAGCCCUUCCUGGGUGGGGCCUCCACGGAGGACUUGCGGGCUCUCAUUCUGCAGAACAUAAGCAUGGACGUGGCCACAUUCAAGAAGCUGAGGAAAGAGGCCUUGCUGCCGCUGACCAUUGCCGAGGUGCAAGAACUUCUGGGUCCAAACCUGGAGGGCCUGAAGGCAGAGGAGGGGACCAGCCCGGUGCGGGACUGGAUCUUGCGGCAGCGGCAGAACGACCUGGACAGCCUGGGGCUGGGGCUCCGCGGUGGCACCCCCAACGGCUACCUGGUCCUAGACCUCCACGUUCGAGAGGCCCUCUUGGGGGGCUCCCACCUCCUUGGACCUGGGUCUGCGUUCACUGUGACCCCAGCUCUGCUCCUGGCUUUGCUGCUGAACUGAGCACGCUGCUCUGGAUGCUGAACGGGGCCCUGCUGUGGAGAUUCCUGCUGGUGGGAGCCGCCUGGGUG